UCAAUUUAUAAAGUCGAUGUCCUGCGAGUUUGUUAGCCAGUCUCGGAUGUACCGCGCGACGAGCCAUUCAAAAGCCCGCUAUCGAAGCGACGCUACCGCUCCCAAAAUAUAUUUUUGAAAAACGCAAUAUCGGUUUUGGUAUCGACUACCGAUUGUCAUUCAGCGCACGCAUAGCGUCCUAGGCCGUCCGCCGCGACACGCCACUGACACAUUUCUACGGUUUCGCGCGCUUUUAGAAUUUAGAACAGUUUUGUUUUUUUUUCUUUCGGUUCGGUGCUACCAAUACUUGUGCCAGAGACACGUGCAAAGAAAAUUGUGAAAUUCAACAAUAAUAUUCUAAUUGGAUUUAUUGGGAUGGAGAUCAGAAGAUAUAAAGGCAGUGGCGCUUCGUUUCUUACGUACUGGAUAUUUUUAUUACAAAUGUUAGGCAGUACACGUCGUGGGGCGGAGGGUCACGGCAGACUGAUGGAUCCGCCAGCACGCAAUUCCAUGUGGCGGUUUGGUUUCCCCAAUCCUGUCAAUUAUAAUGACAAUGAACUCUUCUGCGGCGGGUAUGCCGUUCAGUGGGAGCAGAACGGCGGGAAGUGCGGUGUGUGCGGGGACGCGGAGCACCUAACCGAGCCGCGGCCGCACGAGGCCGGCGGCAUGUUUGGGAAAGGUAUCAUUACACGACACUACAGCGUCGGACAGGAAAUCGAAAUAGAAAUAGAACUGACGGCCAAUCACCUCGGCACAUUCAUAAUGAAGCUGUGCCCGAACAACAAUCCUAAACAAGAAGCGACACAAGAAUGCUUCGACAGAUACCCUCUGUACAUAUCUGGUACACGCGAGGACCGCUUUCUGAUCCCUUUGGACACCGCCAAGAAGGAUACGUUCCGGUACCGUGUGCGGCUGCCGCCAUACGUCACCUGCACGCAAUGCGUACUGCAGUGGACAUACCAUACUGGUAACAUGUGGGGUAUCUGUCCGAACGGCACGGAAGCGGUUGGAUGCGGUCGUUCAGAGACGUUUAGGAAUUGUGCCGACGUCAGCGUCAUCACGAGUACCGGAGGUCUCCCUCCUGCUUUCGCUGGAGACCUGAGGAGAGACAAUCCCUUCCUCCUCUACUACAGGGACUACCAUAUGCCGCAGAAUGUCUUCCCCUUGGUCGUCAGCAACGAUAUUGACAGUCCGACGGAGGAGGACUUAUACAUUGGUCCGCCAAUUAUUAGAGACCAAGUGUGCGUACCAUCUGAUGGAUUCCGAGUCAUCCCUGGAAUGCUGAACUGGUGCCAGACCAACUGUCUGCGGUACCCACCCAACUGUCCUGAUUCUCUGUGCCAGUGCCCACAAGUAUGUGAAGCGAUAGGUGAAUUGGAAGGACGCGAUGGCGCCGAUGUUUACUGCAUGGACCUCUGCAUUGUCUACCCUCCGAAGUGCCCCAAGCAUAGAUGUCGCUGCUACUAGAAUCGCGCGUUCUCUGCGUCACAGAUUAUGUAAAAUGUUACCAUUACAAAAAAAUUACGUAAAAAAAUCUAUUUUUAUUAUCUGUCACUUAUUCUUUAGCGCAUAGAAGGUUGAAAUUAAUGAAAACUCGAUCAGAAAUCUUUUAGAGAUAAAUGGUUUUUAAAAUAAUGAUCUUUAAUUAUUUUAGCUUUUACACAAUCAAAAUUUAUUGCAGUAUUUUUUAUGAUGAACGAUAUCCGUUAAUAAAUGAUUAAAUAACAGUUAAAAUAAUUCAAAAAACAAAAUGCACUGAAGUAACUUUUUUAUCUCAAAUUAACUUCUUGUAUAAGACUCGACCCAAUUUAAAUUGCAUUAUUAAAUUAAAAUUGCGUUGCAAUUAAAUUGCAAUCAUUACAAAAAGGCACUUUAAUUAAAUAAUUGUUCCAUCGGUAUAGUUUUGUGGCAAGUAAAAAAAGAAACAAAACCCUAUCUCAAUUUUAUUCAAGCAAUUUUAAAAAUAUGACAGCAUAUUAUUUUUAUUAUUGUACAUUUGUAUAUAUUAUUAAUAAUUUCUGUUUUAAAUUUUAUUUAUAAGUGGAAACAUCAUACUCAAAUUCUUCGUAGGUCUAUAAAGUCCUGUUUGCCAUGAAGUAAACAGCGCCAGAUUAUGUAGUGUUAAAUAUUUUGUAAAAUAAAUAAAAUAUUAUCAGGAAA